AUGGGAUUCACUCAUCUUUCUCCUUCUUCUUCUCAAUCCAUGCCUCUCACCAGAACCGACAAUUUCUCCGUUGGCCAAGCCGUCGAAGUCACCAACAACCCUCCAGGCUCUUACUUUGAAGCCACCGUAAUCUCGCGCCUCUCCAAUGGUUCCUAUGUCGUCGAGUACGACACACUGGUAAACGACGACGGCGACGACGUUCGUGAUGACAGUUUCUUCACCGAGACGGUUUACCCUGACGACCUUCGUCCCCGGCCGCCACCCGUCGAUGUUCCAGCCGCCGGGUUUUCUCUGAACCAAAAGGUGGAUGCCUACGAAAACGAGGCCUGGUGGGCCACUACCGUCACCGGAAGAAGGGACUCAAAUUAUUAUUUUGUUCGCUGUGUCGCCGGAGACAGUGACGUUAUGGUUCAUUCCUCUCAGCUUCGGGUUCAUCAGGACUGGAUCGGGGGACGAUGGGUUUUGCCCUAG